GCUACCAGUCUGUUAACAUCGGGAGUGACGUCACUAGAUACAUCCGGGUACUCAAAUAAUUCUCCAAGAUGGCGCAGUUUGAGGACCUCGGAGAGCUCUGUAAAUCCUGGGAGAAAGCGGGCCGAAAUGAGUUCCUGAAGCAGUGCCGUUCACACGUGGCUGCAGCUUCCAAUGAUGGCGUUCUGUCAGCCAACACUCAAGGACUGCGUGAUGCCCUGUAUGGUUUUAUACGCCAGUGUCUACAGGGCGCCGUCCAGCCAGAUGUCGCAGCAGCUGCCCUCGGCGAAGUCUCACACAUGCACGCUGGAGUGAGUUCUCUCAUAGCAGACAUCUUCAGCAUCGUAGAUAUCGAAACCACGUGUCUGGAGACCAAACCAGAGACUGAUGCGGAGACUAAGUCGGAAAGAGAGAACAUGCUUGAACUACUCAAGAAGUGUAAGGUUUUUCUGACGGAACCUGUACUCAAGGAACGCAUGGAGUAUGAAACCCUUGGUGAAGUCAAAAUCAUCAAGAAAGACACUUUCAAGCAGAAAUAUGUCCGACUCAAAACCAAAGUAUUUUACAAGCAGCAGAAGUUCAAUCUUCUACGUGAGGAGAGUGAGGGGUACAGCAAGCUAGGGGCAGAGCUAGCCCAGGUCAACUCCAGCCAGAGCAACCAUGAACAGCUGCUGGAGAGCAUCAAGUCGCUCAUAGGUUGCUUUGAUCUGGACCCCAAUCGAGUGCUAGACAUUAUACUGGAGGCCUUUGAAUGCGCCCCACACUUGGACAACCUGUUUGCUCCACUGCUGCAGAACUACAUGUGUGAGCCGAUGACAAUAUGCCACGUCUUAGGGUUCAAGUUUCACUUCUUCAAGGAAGAGAAUAUCACUACUCCAGAGUCUCUGCACAGACUAGCUGCGUUACUACUACAACAUGAACUGGUUGGCCUAGAUGACCUAUAUCCACAUCUGAUGCCAGCUGACACAGAUAUCAUACAGAACUACAAGAAGUCCAUCACGGAGGCUCGUCAGUUUGCCCGCAAGAUGACCAUCGUCCUCCUGUCCGACCGAGAGAAGGAGGAAGAGGAAGCAGAGAAGGAGAAGAAAGAGAACAAAGACGAUAAGCCUGCUGAUAAUCAGAAGCUAGGCCUGAUUGAAGCCAUGCUGAGGAUUGGGGACUGGUCCCACGCCAAGCAGCUGAUGGACAGACUGCCGCAGUACUGCGCUGUGGCUAAUCUCCCCGUGGCCAGUGCCCUAUGUGACCUGGUCGGUGCGCUGAUUGACCCCCUGUACAAACAGUAUGGUAUGCCCAAGGGCGCCAAGAGCAAAAUCCUCACCCCUCCGGCAGGCUGCAAGUCCGUCACCGUCCCAACCAAAAUCCUGGACCUUAGUCCCACCUUCAGGAUGUGCAACUACCUGGGGGCCUAUGCGGGCUGCCAGCCGGCUUUACUCUGGAAGCUGGUCCGACUGGGCAAGGUCCUCAUGAGCAAGAAAGCCUCGGCCAGGGAAUCAGAAAAGGAACAGUGGGAGGAAGUCUACCGUAAUUUGCUGUCGUUGAUUGAAGGGAGUCUACUGCCCUCUAUGAGCACACUAGACAACAACGCAUGUCUGUCUGAGGAGAUGUGGACCCUACUCAAACUCAUGCCAUACAACAUCAGAUACUGUCUGUAUGGGCGAUGGAAGAACAACACCUAUGCCGUCCACCCUCCCCUGAUCCGGAUCAAAGCAGUGAUCACGGACCGUGCCAAGUACAUCAUGAAGCGAUUGACUAAGGAUAACGUCAAACCCCUUGGCCGACAGAUUGGCAAACUCAGCCACGUCAACCCGGGCAUCCUAUUUGAAUAUGUUUUAUCUACCAUCCAGCGCUAUGAUAACUUCAUCGGCCCUGUGGUAGAUUCCUUGAAGUAUCUCACCUCCCUGUCUUACGAUGUGCUGGCGUACUGUGUGAUUGAAGCGCUAGCAAACCCAGAGAAGGAACGCAUGAAGCACGACGACACCAAUCUCUCAUUAUGGAUCCAGAGUCUGGCGAGUUUCUGCGGCACCAUGUUCCGCAAGUACAACAUCGAGCUGACGGGCCUCCUGCAGUAUGUGACCAAUCAGCUGAAGGCUGGCAAGAGCUACGACCUGCUGAUCCUGCGGGAGAUCAUCGUCAAGAUGGCGGGGAUCGAGAUCACGGAGGAGAUGACCCCGGAUCAGCUGGACGCGCUUGCCGGAGGGGAACUGCUCAGAGCUGAGGGUGGCUACUUUUCCCAGGUGCGCAACACCAAGAAGUCCUCUCAGAGGCUGAAGGAUGCGUUCCUGACAGACCACCUGGCGGUGGCGCUCUGCAUGCUGAUGUCACAGGAACGGUUCAAUGUGGUCUUCAAGAGCGGCACGGACGGCCACGUCAAGCUACUGGGCCAGCUGCAUGACCAGUGUCAAGACACCCUGGUCCAGAUGGGGGGCUUCCUGGCCAACCAGCUUGGCACGGAGGACUACACCAAGCAUCUCCCUGCCCUGUCCACUAUGGUCACCGAGUACCAUAUCACCCCGGAAUGUGCCUUCUUUCUGUACAGACCCAUGUGUACACAUGCAAUCAAUUCUAAAUUUGAUGAACUACGCAAGCAAGAACGUUCGGCCAACAACAGCUCGAAACUCAACAGCCAACAGAAGAUGCAGUGCUACGUCAACGCUGUGCAGGCAGUAUUGGCCUCGUUAGUGGAGAGCGUACGGGCGUUGCAUAUACCCAAAGUUUGGGACGAUAUAAGUCCACAGUUCUACUGCACAUUCUGGACCCUGUCCAUGUACGAUCUCUAUGUCCCCAACGUUAGCUACGACAAAGAGGUCAACAAGAUUCGAACCCAGGUCAACAGCUUCGAUGACAUGGCUUCAACUAAGCGGAAGAAAGAGCGAGAGCGCCACAACAUGAUCAUGGACAAACUACGGGAUGAGGAGAAGAAACAAGCGGAGCACUGCGGUAGGGUACUGGCACGGCUCAAGAGCGAAUGUGAAAACUGGUUCACUGCAAGGUCUACCAAGAACGAGACCAUCACCCAGUUCCUGCAGCUGUGUAUCUUCCCCCGGUGCUGCUUCACGGCCAGCGACGCCCUGUACUGUGCCAGGUUUGUCCUGACUGUUCACCAACUCAAGACACAAAACUUCUCAACGUUACUGUGCUAUGAUCGGGUUUUUCAAGACAUCACCUACACCUUGGCCAGCUGUACGGAGAAUGAGGCCAGCCGGUACGGUCGGUUCCUGUGUGAGAUGCUGAAGACGGUCCAGAGAUGGCACAGCGACAAGUCCAUCUAUGAGAAGGAAUGUGGAAACUACCCUGGCUUUGUGACGGUGCUGAGAGCCAGCGGGACUGAGUCCAGCAACAAGGCCGACCAGCUGGACUAUGAGAACUUCAGACAUGUCUGUCACAAGUGGCAGUACAAACUCACCAAGGCGGUGGUGUCCUGUCUAGAAUCCAAGGAUUAUACUCAGAUCAGGAACACGCUGAUUCUCCUAACAAAGAUUUUAGUGUUCUUUCCCCUGGUGCUGAACCUCAGUGUGGUCUUGGAGAAGCGAGUGGAUAAGAUCAGAACGGAGGAGAAGGAUAAACGGCCAGACCUGUUUGCUCUAGCUAUGGGGUACUCUGGACUGUUGAAAGGUCGUAAGCCACACAUGAUAGCCGAAGAUCAGUUUCACUCCAAAGACACCAAGUCGCAAUCCGCAUCCACAGGCACUGCCAAGAAGCCAUCGGCUCCGAACCAGGUCACUCCCUCAGGAAACACAACAGCCUCUGCCGACAAAGCAGACUCAGCAGCUGUCUCAGGCAGGGAAUCCUCAGUGUCCUCCCAGGAGAGAACGUCAGGUACCAGACCGUCCAGCAACCAUCCUUCCGCGUCGGCCAAGAAGUCUGGUAGCUCCAGCAAUAGCAGCAGCCCUGUAGUCGUCAAAUCAGAACCAAGAUCCGAGACGAAAAGCCACCAGGAUGAGAGGAAAGAGGACAAAGGUCCCCGAGAGGUCAAAGUUCGCAGCGAGGACAAAGGUCAGAAGGACGACAAGAGCAAGAACCACAAGGACAAAGUGCGGAGGAAAGAGGAGAAGACCCCUAGGUCGGAGAAGAGCUCGUCAGAGGAGGCGAAGAAGGAGUCGCGAAAGAGCAGCAGCAAAGAGAUUGAUAAGACACCCAAGAGCAGCGAUGAAGGGAAGCACCGGGACAAUGACAAGGACAGGCUAGAAAAAAGAGCUCCCUCUUCCGACCGCGGUCAAGACAAGAGCCACAAGUCCAAGCGGACGUCAGCUGGUGUAGAAGUUGAGGCAAGAGAGGACAAGAGGAGCAGCAGCGAGAGGCUGCAGAGAGGGGAGAGCAUAGCCUCCAACUCCAGCCAGGCAUCCUCUGGGGCUGGGUCACGCAGGGUGUCCCCUGGAAAGGAGGCUACUGAAAGGGAGCACAAACGACGCAAGGUGGGCCACCAAUCUCCAACUGUAUCCCAUGUACAAGAAAAGACAAAGGAAGGCGAAAGGGACUCACAUGAUCGUAGUGAGAGAGACCGGGAAAGCCGACGGGACAAAGACAAGAAGACUGCGGAGAAGAAACGAGACCAUUCAGAGGGGGAGCGAGAAGGAGGCCAUGAUUCUAAGAGAAGGAAAGACGAAGAAUCGGGCGGCAGAAAAUCAUCAUCUUCUCCCAGCUCAAGGGAGGAGAAAGAUCGGCAGAAGACGCCCAAGACAAGUAGCAGUCGACCCUCGAGCUCAGGAGAUGCUGCUGUCAAUGGAGAGAGGUCAUCCAGUGCCAAAAAGGACACCCCCAAGGAACGAGAGCGGGACAGCUCCAAGUCCCGUAAAGAAGGCCGUGGGGAAGACAGCAGCACAGACAAGGUCUCCAAGAGGGAGUCCCGCGGUGAAGACGGACGGAAAGAGGAAAUGCGAAAGAGCAAACGAGACAACAAAGAAGAAGAGGAAGACAGACAUCAUUCCAGCUCCCGCAAGAGACGGCCUUGAUGAUUGGCUGCCGUGAAGUCAUGAAUAUUCAAGACUUCAUGAAUCGGAGUGUAGAAAGGUCACAGUGGAAAUGCUAACUGAAUUAUUUGACAGACGGACAAUCGGAAAACUGUUUAAACAAUCUGCACUGUUUGCACCCAUAACUUGACUCUGUGCAGCUGGUUUACACAUUUUUAAUCAUUAGAACUUGAGAAACGAAUCAAACAGGGCCGUUAUGUAGCUAUAGUGUGCCAGGAUUUGAAGACACACCUCCCUCCCACCUUGUCUCCACCCCUCUCCAUAAUUUGUCUUAACCCCUUGAUAGCGGGUUUUUUAAGCAUCACUGCACAGGCUUACACGCAUCACUGCACAGAGCCUUUGUGCAGUAUUAGCACUGCACUGCCGGUCAUAUGCCUAGCAGCUGCCCAGCAGCUGCCCACAGACCAAAUACCACAGGCUGACCAUAGCAUUCCAGAGCGGGUAUAGCCAUCAGCCAGCGUCAAGGGGUUCAGGCUGGCCCUGCUGAAUCCAACAAUGUUGUGUAUUUCUUUCAAUGACCGAGCAGUCAACAAAGGUGCUUUGUUUCUAGUUGAUGGGUUCCAUUGAAUUCAACUGGCUUUAACACUAAUUGUUAGUGUCAGCAAGUUUGUGUUCUUAAUUAUGUCGGCAAGUUCUCACACUAUUGUUGAAUUCCUUAGGAUUCGGCCAGCUUUCACAUACAUGUGCUGAAACAAUUUUCACAUUGUGACAGGUUUCGUUGGAGUCAGCAAACUUGAAAUUUGUGUUGCUGGAUUCUGCCAGCUUUCGUACUCAUUGUGUUGGUAAAUUUAGUUCCAUUCUGCAAUGUACCAGUAAUAUUCUUGAAGAAAAGUUAAUUUAUUGGUCAAGACAGUUUGAAUUUUAUUUUAUAAAAAUUUGGAGACCGUCGUAUCAAUGAUGAUUUUGUAUAAUUACAUUAUGUAAACAAUGGUGAAAUGUGGGAUUACGAGGCAAAAUGUUUAUCGUGAAGAAAUCUUGUAUUUGAAAAAAAAAAUGAGAUUGUGGUGUACAUGAGAGUGUUGUUUUUCUUUGUUUUCUGGGAUUUUAUUUUAUAAUAAAGAGAAAUCUACACUGAAAA